UUAUUUUUGAUUCAAUCGCAUACAAGUUUAGACAUCUGCCCGUGCCGCUCGUUCACUAAAAAAUAAACAAUUCAUUCGCAAAAAUGGCUACGUAAAGAGCUUGUACGCAUGCGUGCGAACUGUCAAAUAUACUUCUAUCAAAACUAGUGUCAUCGUCUUUACAAUACGUCUUUUUAUUUAGUACAAAAUAAUAUGUUUUUUUGUAAAUAUUAAAUAAGUAAUUGGAGUGAUAAUUUUAUUGUAAAGUGUUCGAUAUAAGACUGAUAAAUUAAAUACUGUAAAAAUGUCGAAAGAUGUGUCCGUAGUUGGUUUAGACGCGAUUCUGAGUGAGUUGGGUGCUUUUGGGAGGUAUAAUAUAAUGAACUAUGCGUUAAUUUUAUUCCCGUGCUACUUGGCGGGAAUGUACGGCGCAGUCUACAUAUUUGAAGCCGGAGACAUUAGUUACAGAUGUGAAGUGAAACAAUGCGAGAGUUUAGGAAACACAAGCUUAUGGUUAGACUAUGCGAUACCUAAGGAGAAGGGGAAAUAUUCGAAAUGUUUUAAAUAUCCAUCUAGGGGCAGUGACUGCACGGCUGAUGCUUUCAAUACUGGGUCGAAGGAGAAAUGUACUAGUUUUGUGUAUAGCGAUGAAGAUUCCGUUGUGAAAGAUUUCAACCUCGGCUGUAAAAAUUGGAAGAGGACUUUAGUAGGAACCUUCCAUAACUCUGGCCUCUUCAUCUCCCUUCCACUGACUGGAAUCAUUUCAGAUAAAUUUGGACGGAAAAAGGCUCUGUCCUUCGCAGCUCUUAUGAACUGUAUAUUUGGAUUCUCAAGAUCAUUUUCUACCAGUUACAUAAUGUUGGUAGUUUUAGAGUUUUUGGAAGCAGGGUUAGGAGCUGGUGCCUACACUACUGCGUUUGUUAUAGCUAUGGAACUAGUGGGACCUAAAGGAAGAGUGUUUGGUAAUACAAUCAUAAACACACUUUACGUCUUUGGGUUAAUGUCUCUCGCUGGAUUAGCCUGGAUACUGCAGGACUGGAGGAAACUUCUCAGAAUUAUAUACGCACCAUCCUGCUUCGUGUUUACUUACCUCUGGAUCUUAAAUGAAAGUAUCAGAUGGUUGAUCAGCAAAGGCCGUCAUGAUGAGGCUUUGAAAGUGAUCAAAAAGGCAGCUAAAAUGAAUAAGGUUCAAAUAUCAGAACAGUCUCUAGCUCCUUUACAGAAGAUGGAAAAUAAAUUGGCAGAAGGAAAGGAUGAAGUGGCCGAUCAGCCAAAGAAAUCAGUAUUUCUACAAGCGAUAAAAUCAAGUAUUAUUAGAAGGAGGUUAUUGACGUGUUCCUUUUUAUGGAUCACUUGUACGUUCGUCUACUAUGGACUGUCAAUUAACUCUGUAUCCCUCGCAGGGAAUAAGUAUAUCAACUUUAUGCUCGUCGCCUUCAUUGAGAUUCCAGCCAACUUCACCUGCUUCCUUGUGCUGGAUAAAUUUGGAAGGAAGAGGGUCUUGAUUAUAAUGUAUAUUCUAAGUGCUAUACUUUGUAUCAGUUUAUCAUUCCUACCUAAAGAUAAAAUCUGGUGGUCUUUAGCCGUCUACCUGGCCGGCAAGUACUCCAUCACAGUAGCCUACAGUUCCGUGUAUAUUUAUGUAUCUGAAGUCUUCCCUACUAAUGUGAGGCAGUCGCUGUUAGCCGUCUGUUCGUCUACUGGAAGAGUUGGAUCAACAUUAGCACCUUUAACUCCGUUGUUGGCGUUGUACUACGAAAACUUGCCAUCAAUAUUCUUUGGCACGAUGGCCAUCAUCGCUGGUCUUCUAGUCUUCACGAUGCCGGAGACCAUCAACAUGCCUCUACCAGACUCCAUCGAAGACGCUGAACGGUUAUCGAAAGUCAGUCGUCAUAAAACCAAUGCUUAAGUUAAAAAAGGUUAAGGUUGUGUUUCUAGCAAAUAUUGUUUUAGUGUGUUUUUCCACCAGAGAUGUGCUAUGUAGCUAUGCUACGAAGAUGUAAUAGCUAAGUUGUGAAACUAUGUGACCAUAGAAAGAUGUAUGCAAGGAGAAUGUGCACACAUCUUUCUACGGUGCGAGGAAGAUGCUCGGGCAGCUCGAGUAUGCGUAGUAUAGAUAGUAUAGAAACUAUUCCAUAGCAUGCUUAGCAUAGCAUAGCAUAGCAUGCAUCUUUCUAUAUAAAAAGCAUAGCUUAGCUGAGUCCGUUUCCACCAGUGCUAACUUAUAUGUACCAAUGAAUAUGAUUGGUGAAAGCCAAACAUACGUACGUAGCAUAGCAUAUCUUUGAUGGAAAAGCACUUUUAGGCCCCGACCGCACUAGAAUGAAACCGCGGCGGCUACUAACCGCGUAAUUUUGUAAUCGCUUUCAUACGAGCAGCCGCACUUGCGGUUUUGUACGGCGCCCUUUCUUCAUCAAUACAAUAAAUUAGUGUGCGGUUAAAAACCGCUGCGAUUUCACUCUAGUACGUUUGGGGCCUAAAAGUGCUUUUCCAUCAAAAAUAUGCUAUGCUACGUACGUAUGUUUGGACAUGGUACCAUUGGUAUCAUUUAGUAUCACAAUGGUACCAUUGAAUAAAAGGAACUCGAAAUUUCAAUUGACUUAACUGUAUUUUGAACGUCUAUCACACAGUCGUAGCUACAAUCUGUGAUUCCCAGUAUUAUGCAAGGGAAACGACCGAAACUUUACCAUUACUAAAAAUCAACGUCAUUGCCCAAAUCAAGAGCUGCGGAUUACCUAGCUAGUUUACCGGAGCUCCGGCUUAUAGCAGGAGUAGGAACGGUGUGGGUCUGGGUCAGUAAGAGUCUGACACUCCCUCUCGCCUCGCCCAUGGCGCUGGAAAUUAUUGGAUGAUUUCCCCCCUUAAAAAAAAGAAUAAAAUAUUAUAUAGUACAGUAUUUAAUAACUAUUUGGAUCAUUCAAUUCAUCUUCUUUCUUUGUUUUAAAACUGUGAGUUUAAUAUUGUAGCAUAGAUGUCCAUUAAUCUCGAUCCUUUAAGUCAAUUGAAAUGUCCAGUUCCGCAAAACUAAGUUAAAGUAUGCAAUAAUAUAAUCUUGUGGAUCUUUGAGAAAGAUGGAGAAUUAUUUCUUAAAGCUAAGAUGCUAUUUACCAAAAAUAUGUAAGCACAAACUCUCGAUUAAUGUAUUUAUUACAGUAGUUAUUUCAGUCUACACAAGCUCAAAACUUAAACAGUUAUUUGUUCUACUGCAGUCUUAGAUAGUAAUAACAUGUAUUAGUUAUUUUAUUUUACUUACUUUCUACGUUUACUUAUUGUCGUUAUGAAUGUAAUGAUGAUGCACAAAAUUAAAUGACUUUUUGCAAUCUGUUUCGUACCCAAGUUUGUUAAAAUGCUGAUCAUAGAUAAAGUCAGAAAAGGCAAAAAAAUGCAUUUAUGAUAUAUAACUAUCACGUUUAUCUGUCGACAUGAAAUAUAUUGUAAGCUACAUCUGUUAUAUAAAAAAAAAUCAUAUUUGAGUGGUAAUAAGGUACUCGUACUCGAAAAAAGUUAUUCUAUUUUUAUUUUGUUGUAAACUUAUCGUUAACUGUGAAGUUAACUAAUUAUAAUUGUUAUUUAAUUAAAAUUGACGACAUGUGUCGUGUUUAUACAUAAUCCUUAGCCUGUUAAGCUUAUUAAAUAUUUACUUGUGUACAUGUGUGUGUGUGUGUGUGUGUGUGUGUGUGUGUGAUCAGGGGGCUUACUCUUGAAUCCAAUUCCGAUCUAUCGACUUAAAAUAAUGUGAAAUAUUUUUAACCAUGCAAUUAUUAAAAUCUGUAUUUAAAACAUUGAUGUACAAAAAACCAGUUAGGCAGUUAUAGAAGUAAUAAAAUAACAAUUAUUUUGUAUAAGUCCUACAACACUAUUAAUGCCUGGCAAUAUUUUAUAAUGAAAUGUAUUUCUGGAUGUAUUUAUUUAAAUUAACUCAUCUACUUAUUAAAAAGGUACAAAUAUUAAUCCAUUGACAAAUAAAACGCUAUUAUCAUAAA